AAAACAACCAAAACUGUCACUGUCGUCAUUUACAUUUAGCCCUUGUUAUUUCUUAUCACUCGUUAUAAAUGUUAUUUAAAAAUAAAUUACAUUUCAAGAUUCGAUAAUUAUCCGGAUCUCAGCUCGCUCGAGCACUGAACACAACUGCUUUCCGUUGACCAUAUGUGUUGUGUUUCUAUCAGAAUUUCGUCACAAAGUAAGGUUAGGUUUCCGUCCAUGAAUAAAAGGAAACAUAAUCAGUACAUAAUAUAAACAAUUUUUCAAGAGCAUUUUAAUACCAAGUAGUAUUCAAAAUGAUGAAAUUUUCGGCAGAAGGUGAACAACUAAAGGACAAAACAAGAUGUGCGCAUUUACGUGCAAACUUAAAAAUGUGUUUAUUAGAAACUGAUUGUUGCAAAAUUCAUAGAAUUACACCCAAGCAAUGCCUCUUACAAGGGCACCCAUCUGUGCCCGAUGAGUGUUAUUCAUUGCGUCAGAUGUUUUUUGAGUGCAAACAUUCAAUAAUUGAUGGAAGAAGAAGAUUCAGAGGACCAAGGGGUUACUAAAAAUACGAAACGUAUAAGUAAUAUCUACGUAUUCUAAGUUAGUUUUAAAUUUCCUACUUAUAAUGUAUAUUGAUCUUGCUGCUUAUAGUGAAAAUAAAAUUACUAUUAAUAAACUAAA